CCCGGCGAGUGUGGACGCCCCGCUGCGGGUGUGGACGUACCUCGGCGGGUGUGGAAGCUCCCUCUUCGGCCUGGGACAGAAGAUUGAAAAUGACAGCUGAGAACAUUCCUGAGGAAGAACUGUCCUGUGACAUGGAGAUGGAAGGAUUUACACGAGAGGGUCCUCAUUUCUCCAUUCUAGGUAACAGUUGGGACUGUGAGAACCAGGAGGGACAUUUGAGGCAAUCAGCCUUAACUCAGGAGGAACCAGGAGCUCAGGAAGCAAUUCGUGAAUAUCCCGGAUUUGGGGAGCAUUUGAGCGUGAGCCCAGACCUUCCACGACGUCAGAGAGUUUCCACAAGAAACGGUUUCCAUGUACGUGGCUCAGGUGUUAAAAGCCUGGAUUGUGACCCAGCUUUACACAAUUGUCAGAAAAGUUAUGUAGGUAAGAGAACGGGUGACAGUGACACCUGUGGGAAAGCCUUCAACCAUUCCAUGGAAGUUAUUCAAUUUGGAAGAACUCAAACUAGAGAGAAACCCUAUAAAUACCCUGAAAGUGUUAAGUCUUUCAACCAUUUUACCCCUCUUGGUGAACAAAAAAUAAUGAAAAGAGGAAAGAAACUGUAUGAAGGUAAGGACUUUGGGGACAUCUUUACCCUGAGUUCAUCUCUUAAUGAAAACAGGAGGAACAGCCCUGGAGAAAAACUGUACACAUGUACUGAAUGUGGCAAGUGCUUCAAACGGAACUCUUCUCUUGUUUUGCAUCACCGAACUCACACUGGAGAGAAACCUUAUACCUGUAAUGAGUGUGGAAAAUCCUUCUCCAAGAACUAUAACCUAAUUGUGCAUCAAAGAAUCCAUACAGGAGAGAAGCCCUAUAAAUGCAGUAAAUGCGGGAAAGCCUUCAGUGAUGGGUCAGCUCUGACGCAACACCAGAGAAUUCACACUGGGGAGAAACCUUACGAAUGUCUAGAAUGUGGGAAAACCUUCAACCGAAAUUCGUCCCUGAUUCUGCAUCAAAGAACUCAUACAGGGGAAAAACCAUAUAGAUGUAAUGAGUGUGGGAAACCUUUCACCGACAUCUCCCACCUCACUGUGCAUCUCAGAAUACACACUGGGGAGAAGCCUUAUGAAUGUAGCAAAUGCGGAAAGGCCUUCCGAGAUGGCUCAUACCUCACCCAGCACGAGAGGACUCACACUGGAGAGAAGCCCUUUGAAUGUGUGGAAUGCGGGAAAUCCUUCAACCGUAACUCUCACCUCAUUGUGCAUCAGAAAAUCCAUUCUGGGGAGAAACCCUAUGAGUGUAAAGAAUGUGGGAAAACUUUCAUUGAGAGUGCUUACCUCAUCAGGCACCAGAGGAUUCAUACUGGUGAGAAGCCCUAUGGCUGUGAUCAGUGUCAGAAACUUUUCAGGAACAUCGCUGGCCUCAUACGUCACCAGAGGACUCAUACUGGCGAGAAGCCCUAUGAGUGUAAUCAGUGUGGUAAAGCUUUCAGGGACAGCUCCUGUCUGACCAAACACCAGAGAAUUCACACUAAGGAGACCCCGUACCAGUGUCCAGAUUGUGGAAAGUCCUUCAAGCAGAACUCUCACCUGGCAGUACAUCAGAGGCUUCACAGCAGGGAGGGUCCCAGUCAUUGUCCUCAGUGUGGGAAAACAUUCAGAAGGAGCUCUUCCCUCAUCCGACACCAAAGAUCACACCCUGGAGAACAACCCGUGGAUAUUUAAUGAACGUGGGCCACACUCAUCUUCCGACUGGCUCUCAAAAAUCUAUGUGAGGGAGAAGUGUGGUUCAGGGGUGGCUCCUCCCUGUCAGUGGAAAAGACUGCUCUGAGCUGUCCAGCGAACUGGUGGAUGUGAGACAUUCCUUAGCCAUCCUGUUAAGUCUAUACAUUAGGGAACUCUUGCAGAGGAUACAGGAUAGUAAUAAAUGUGCCAAAGCUUCAGGGAUGAUUCAGCCUGUACCAAACAUGAUAGUGCAUACACUGGAAUAAAACCUGAGAAAGUCAGGUAUAUACUUCCCUGGAGAACUCACCUAUCCAUAUAUCCAGGUCCUUAAACUGGAAAGAGCCUGUGUAAUCGGGAAGAGGAAUCCUUUAAGAGGGAGUGUCUGCCUUACUGUACGUAAGCAAACUCUUACUGGAAUCCAGCGAGGGAAGCUGUCGGCAGGAGCCCUUGCUGUCUUAGCUGUGUCAGCAAAGGCAUGCUGGUGAGAAACCCCACACAGUGCUCCAGCUCACAGCAACCACAGAAUUACAGCGAAUUGACAUUUGAAUGUAUUUCCGCGUUACAUUCCUGCCAGGUGCUGAGGACUCGUUUCAGCAGGGGCACCUGGGUGAGGAAGUCGCUUGUGAAUGAACAGUGAUGUUAUCCCUCUUAAUGUGGAGACCAAAGCAGGUUCUCCUAAGAAGGAAAGGGCUGCUGCUGAGAAAUGUGAUGCGUUGCUUUAGUUGUUGAGACAAACAAACAGAAAAACACUGAGUUGUUAUGUUUACGUUGUCACCCCUCAUUGUUCAUUUCGGACACUUGUGAUUUGUUCCAUGCAACCAUGCCAAACCAUGAUGAUAAAGGUUUUGUUGCCAUAUUGAAAACGCUUAUAAUAUGGCCGGCAACCAAAAGCAUAAAAUAGAAGAUUUGCCAUGUAAAGUAUGCACACAUACGGAUGUAGGUUGGGAGUUGAUCAUGGAGAAAUAAACAUGGGGUCUCCUAAGUGACUGUUACUUGUGUAUGAUUUUUCCUCUAUCACAAAUCAUACAUUGUUAUAAUCAUUUGAUGAGGA